GAGCGACAGAGCGAGAGAGAGAACCCUGGAGAGCGCCUGUUCCUCCAUUCUCUUUCCUCCCAUUUCAGUCCCCUCGCCGAACUAGAUCGCCUAUCUCGAUCACACCUCCCCUUCCUUCCCCGCCUUUUCUCUCUCUCUGCUUUACUUUUGUCUUCGCUCGGCCGCAGUGCGACCCCGUCGCCCCCAUUGGUCGCCAUGGCUGCGCAGGCGGCUUUGAUUGCUGAUACCAUCGUGGGUAUGAAGCGGGCUUUACAUAAGGAGACUAAUUACUCAGGCCCGGAUGACCCGAUUACGGAACCCACCAAUCGAGGCAACAAACUGCGAGCCAAUGCACAGUAUGUUCGUGAGGGUGCACUAGGAUACAUUCACUCGGAGGACCUCUAUAAACAGAAAAUUGAACAUGCCGGAUACACCCGUUACAUACUUCAACCCAAUCCUAUACGGUACGACUCUGAGGGAGACGAGCUUGACGAGGAUGACGAAGAUUCCGAGGCGGAUGCCAUUGCGGCGGAAGAAAACCCUUUUUCUGAAAUUGCGCUGGAAAAUUUCCUAUGCCCUCUGAAGCAUCCGUCGGAGCUACCCACCCACCCCUCGUUAUCCCAUGCUUAUACCUCCAAGGCCCUUUUCAAUAUGACACAGGCUAUUGAUACCAAGUUGCGGCAGGAGCGUGCUUUAUUAUGGCGCGCGAGGAAUCUUCAUCGGCAGUUUUUAGGUGACGGAUCGUGGGUACCAUGCGGGACGAUAGAAACGCCAGAAGACAGGUGGAUGUUUGAGCCCCGAAUGGCUAGCACUGGGCACAGCACUCCGUUAGCCCAGGGGCGGGAAAAUGGAACUUCCACACCAUCAGCCGCCGCGGGGACACACGCUCAAAAUAAUGAGCCACCGAAACCACGCUCCGCAGAGCUUGUGCCAAAGGAGUCACAGCCGGAUCAGAACGGGGCACAAGCUGCAGACAAAGAUGUGGAGAUGACAGAUGCCCAGAACCAAGAGACGCCAAACGAUGUCCCUAAAGAUAAUGUCGAACCGGGAAAAGUUCCCAAGGCGGAAGAAGUCGAUACACCUGUUGGGGAUCUCCCACAACAUCCGGAGACUACGGGUCCGGGCCCACAACCUAAUGGAAAUAGCACGGGGAACGCGCAGUCUGAACAAGAUCGGGCGUCCGACUCCGAUCAUACACUUGAAAAGGAGCGGAGAGAGUGUGGGAACGACAGGCCAGCCGCAAGCGUCGAGAGGGCCGCUGCUGAUCGCGGAGAAGGGAAUGAAACGGACCGAGACGAAGAGAUGCGUGAUGGGACUGAGCCGGGGCCGCCGCGGCGCAUGACAACUCGGGCACAAGCUGGCGCCGUCAACUCACAGCCGGAGCUUAACCCAGGCAUUCUCUCCCCAUCACCCUCCGACACUCUCAGUACACUUCCGACACCACAUCCUCUUUUCCUCACACCGAACUCCGUCCGACCGGAUCCGAAUUUUGGUCUGCCGCCCAACGAGGCCGAGGAUACGCGGCGGCUACUUUGGUCGUAUGUCCAGAAGCAAGAGGAAACGGUUCGCGGGUUCGAGCAUAUGUUAGAGAGUCUUUUACGUGCCUGCCGGAUGAAAGACGACGUCCUGGAGUGGUGCAAAGCGGAGGGCCAUGUGGGCGAGAUGAGCGACGGGGAAGAUUGGUAUGACCGUGAGAAAUGGGGGCUUGCAGAAGGAGAAGAUCUCAAGAAGGGUGCCGACGAAGAUGAAGUCGAGACGGUGGAAGAGAGUCGGACGACGAACAAAAGGGGCCGAGGCCGACGAGCCUAAACCGACGCCCCUCUCUAGCAUAAAUCCAUAGCGUGGAGUUGGCGGUGUUUGCGUUUAGAUGCCGUGGACAUUUCUGGAGUCGUUCAUUAACAUGUAUUAACCAGAUUCCCCGACGAUAACAUUUUUUCCCCUUAACGAACUAUGAGAACAAAUCGAUUGCUUUUGAUUUAUCACGGUCACUUUGCUCCGCCUCGAAGACUAUCUAUCUACUCUUUUCUCUUCGGAGGAAAAGAAGCCCACGUAGAAAGAGAAGUAAAUGAACCAUCCACCGCCUCUAUUCAAAUGCCAUCGCAUCACGAUGACAGGACCCCG